UUCCCUUCACCGCCAAGAAUUUUGAAGACAUCCAACUUCCAUUUUUUUUCCUUCUUCAAUUUGCAGAGAACUUCUAAGAGAGAUUUUGGAAGAAGAAGAGGAAUUUUACUAGAAUUUUGAGGUUGAAGAAGAGGAGGAGAACUCAAGCAAAGUGUAUCCAUGGCUGAAUUUUAGUUCAUUCUGCACAUCACUGGUUUUUAAUUCGGUUUGAACUCUUCAAAAGGAAUUAAGAGGGCAGUUGGUUUUCAAUCGAAAUCAGGAGGUCUCUAGUUUUUCUUAUAUUUCAGAGUGUACCAGUGGAGUUAGAAUCUCUAUUUGGUAUGAUUGGAAAGCUUAUUCAAUUUACUACAACUUUCAUGAAGAAAUCGUGAACCAAAAACGACUAAAAAUCAGUUACAUAGUAGGGACAAGUUAAAGAGGUCAUGUGCGCGCGAUUAUGGAAGUGGUUCUAUUUUGAGGGUUAUCUGAGUUUAUGCACGAGGAAUCAGAUUUAGACGUCUUCAGGUAGAGAUCGAGUUCCCGGUGCCUGAUAGACUGCCUUAGUCUGCUGAAGCUUCAUUAUCGAUUGCCAGAGUCAUGCCACCACGUAUUGGUAGACGACGCCGGCAGAAUCAGGACGGGAUGCAAGGUCCUACCCAAGGUCCAUCUGUAGGGGAAUCUAGUACCCUAGGAGUUCGAGGUGGGGCAGGAAACGAGCAGUUUGCGAGAACUACACAGGAAAUAGGAAGGCCAGAUAGAGCAGAGCCUAGUGAUCCAGAAAAGGCAUACGGAAUUGAACGGCUGAAGAAGUUAGGGGCUACAGUGUUUGAGGGUUCUGCAGAUCCAGUUGAUGCAGAGAACUGGUUGAAUAUGCUUGAAAAGUGUUUUGAUUUGAUGAAUUAUCCUGAGGAGCGAAAGGUUAGAUUGGCCACAUUUUUGUUGCAAAAAGAGGCUGAAGGAUGGUGGAAAUCUAUAUUAGCAAGGCGCAGUGAUGCACGUGCUUUAGACUGGCAGACUUUUAGAGGCAUAUUCGAAGAUAAGUAUUAUCCCAUCACAUAUUGCGAAGCCAAGAGGGAUGAAUUUCUGGGGUUGGAAAAAGGAUCACUUUCAAUGGCUGAGUAUGCGAGGAAGUAUACUGAGCUUUCACGAUAUGUUGACGUUAUUGUAGCUUCUGAGAGUGACAGGUGCCGAAGGUUUGAAAGAGGGUUGCGUUUUGAAAUACGUACCCCAGUUACAGCCAUUGCUAAGUGGACGAAUUUCUCUCAGUUAGUGGAGACUGCCCUUCGUGUGGAGCAGAGUAUAACAGAAGAGAAAUCGGCAGUGGAGCUUAGUCGUGGGACUUCAACAGCUAGUGGAUUUAGAGGCCGUGAGCAGCGGAGGUUCACGCCUGGGAUAAAUAUUUCAAGCCGUCAAGAUUUUAAGAAUCGCUCUGGCGGCCAAGCAUCGAGGAACGUGAGUUAUGGUAGUAUUUUUCAGAGACAAAGCCAGAGAAUACCUAGUCAACCCAUUAGAUCAACAGUAAGAUCGCAACCAGGUCAGGAGUCCAUUGCUAGUAUCGUCAAGCGAACACCAUGCACGAGUUGUGGUAGGAACCAUCGGGAUCAGUGUUUGGUAGGUGCCGAUGUAUGUUACCAGUGCGGAUAGCCAGGACAUUUCAAGAAAGAUUGUUCACAGUUGAACAUGACAAUUCAGAGAGAUCAAGGAGUUGGGUCUCAGACAGUUGAGCAAUCGAGAGUUUCAGUGGUUCCAACAGAGGGCACCAGUGGUGCAAGGAAAAAGGGAGUUGUUGGAAGAUCGAGGCAAUAGGCAAAAGUCUAUGCUAUGACUCAACAAGAAGCGGAGGACGCACCAGAUGUUAUUACUGGUACGAUUCUUAUUUGUAAUGUACCUGCAGAUGUUUUAUUUGAUUCAGGUUCUACGCAUUCCUUUAUUUCUAGUAUAUUUCUGACUAAGUUGAAUAGGAUGCUAGAGCCUUUAUCUGAGGGGAUAGCUAUAUACACUCUAGUUGGUGACGUUUUACUUGUUAAUGAGGUGUUACGUAAUUGAGAAGUUUUAGUAGAAGGUAUCAAUUUGCUAGUGGACUUACUACCACUAGAGUUGCAGAGGUUAGAUGUAAUUUUGGGAAUGGAUUUCUUAUUUGCUCACUAUGCAUCUAUGGAUUGCCAUAGGAAGGAAGUGGUUUUCAGAAAACCAGGCUUUGCUGAAGUGGUUUUUAGAGGUAUG